UUUUUUAUGCCAUGUUGUGAAACUUGACAUCUGUGGUUUUUAUCAGUUUAGGUACUUUCAAUUUUAUGAAAUAUACCUAGCAGGAACUUGGAAUGUUAAAGUUAUUAUUUUAACUGCUAUUUCGAGCCCAGCAUUGGUGCUUUCUGUGUGAUGAGUUUGAAAAGCUAAGCUAAAGGAAAGGAAUAUUUGUUAAAAUUUAAUGUUUAACAACACCUCAGACUCGAUACAUUCUAAAAGUUACGGCUGCUGCUGAUGGGAGAACGUUGUUGAUGUGUCACGAUGGAGACGUCUAACAGUGGGCUGGACGUGGACAGUCCUGUCUGGGUUCCUUCGGCUUCUGAGGACGAGGAGCAAGUUCACAUAUUCAAGAAACUGAGUCGCAGUGAGAAACUCAUACAGUUCCUGACAAUUUUCAGUUUCAGUCUUUUCUUCGGACUCUUCCUGAUACAGGCCAACAUGGCGUGGCAGUCCUAUCAGAUGCUGCAGCAGCUAUCUCGAGGUCCCGACAUUCCCGACACGGUCUACAGUCUCUAUUUCGACUACAUGGAAUCGGGACUUGACCCCAAUCAGGUGGAUCUUCGUGCUAACACGACAAUAUUCGUACACUAGACUCCGAUGUACAGUCUCUAUUAUGAAUACAAGGAAUUGGAAUUCUUCCCCAUUGAGGUGGAUCUAUGUGCAUGCAAACACAACUAUAUCCGUACACUAGACUUCGAUGUGGCGGAUCCAGAAAAUCCAUUUAGGGGGGCCCCAAUGACAUGAGGCAGAAUGCCAACAGAACUUUAGGGGAGGUUUGGAGGGGAUCGUAAAAUAAAGAAAAUUAAUAUAAUUAUAAUAAAAUUAUAUCUCUUGCAAAAUUUAGGGGGGUCCGGACCUCUGCCUCCCCUAGAUCUACCUCUGCAGUCUCGAUUUUUAAUACAAGGAAUUUGGAUUCUACCCCAUUCAGGUGGAUCUAUUAGUGUGCAAACACGACAUAUAUUUGUACACUAGUCACUGACGUAUCACAUUUGUCAUAUAAUAUUUUUGUAAUAUAACAGUUACAUGUACCAUACUUCAAAUGAUAAUCCAGUGACAUCUUUAUUUCACAGGGUUUCAGAUUCAUGGGUGAAGGGAAGGAAGGGGGAGGAAGCAAAUCAAACAUUUUAUU